AACACACACACACACACACACGUGCAGUCAUGUCGGGGUUAACAGGACGGCGUUCCAGCUCCUGCGUUUUCUGAUCAGCUGAUGCUUCAGAGACACUCGCUGUGCCCUCCUGCUCGUCCUCCUUCAUGUACCUGUGGUACUGUUGUACUGCAGUAUUUGUGGUACUGUGCACUGAUGAAAGGUGUGUGUGUGUGUGUGUGUGUGUCCAAGUACUUACAGUAUCUGACAAAAGUGAGCACACCCUGACAUUUCUGUAAAUAUUGUGUCAGAUCUUUUCAUGUAGAUAUGACACUUUGAUACAGUCAGUGUGCAGCUUGUAUAACAGUGUAAAUUUGCUGUCACCUCAAAAUAAAUCAACUCACAGCCAUUAAUGUCUAAACCACUGGCAACAAAAGAGAGGUGAAAAUGUCCAAACUGUGCCCAAAGGGUCAGUAUUAUGUUUGGCCACCAUUAUUUUCCAACACUGCCUCAACUCUGUUGGUCAUGGAGUUCACUGGAGCUCCACAAAGUGCCACUGAAUCCUCUCCCACUCCUCCACGAUGACAUCAUGGAGCUGGUGGAUGUUAGGCUAUGUUCACACUGCAGGUGAAAGCGCAUCAAAUCCGAUUUUUUUUGACCCUAUGCGACCCAUAUCCGAUCUUGGUAUGACAGUGUGAACAGCACAAAUCCGAUAUUUUCAAAUCCGAUCUGGGUCACUUUGGUAUGUGGUACUGAAUCCGAUACAUAUCCGAUGUUUUAGAAAGCGACUGCUGUUUCAACGGUCAUGUCACAUUAAAUCCGUCUUUUACGUCACUGACACGAGACAGACGCCGAUUAUCAGCGCCGGAGAAGACAUCGUGAACGCUUCCUGGCCACCCAGUGUAGAUGUUAGUGAAACUGUUUGGAAGACAACGUUGGAGAAACGUGAACAUUUUAUUUGUACUGUAUAAUCUGCAGAUUCUGACAGAAAUCUGCAACUAUCCUUUGAAGCACCGCUCCUCUAAAACAGCAAUAAGAAUAAUUAUUAGGUUAUCUACAUUAUUAUGUAAAUAAUAAAAUAACUUAAAGCAAAAAUUGGGAAACGUAAAGUCCGAAGUCUUUAUAUUAAGGGUCAUCAGUCAAACAAUAUUGUUUGCUCUGGGUCUAAACAGAGCGCGUUGUGUGUGACGUCUUCUUUUGCGCAUGCGGGCCGCUUUGAGGGUUCACACUAGAGCGCGUUUGCUGUUGCAUUUUAUUUGUAGUGUGAACAAGCAGACAAAAAAAUCGGAUUUGAUCAAAAAAUCGGAAUUGAGCAUUAAGACCUGCAGUGUGAACGUAGCCUUAGAGACCUUGCACUCCUCCACCUUCCAUUUGAGGAUGCCCCACAGAUGCUCGGUAGGGUUUAAGCCUGGAAACAUGGUUGGCACUGGUCUGAGCACUGACAGGCUGACCCUCCACACCUCCAACCUCUGCAGCAAUGCUGGCAGCACUCAUACAUCUGUUUUCAAAGACAACCUCUGGAUAUGACACUGAGCACGUGCACUCAGCUUCUUUUGUCGACCAUGGCGAGGUUUGCUCUGAGUGGAACCUGUCCUGUUAAACUGCUGGAUGGUCUCGGCCACUGUGCUGCAGCUCAGUUCAGAGUGUUGGCGAGUCACAUGACACCAGGGAGGGAAAAUGGCUAAUUGGGCAUAGUUUGGACAUUUUCAUCUAUGGGUGUACUUACUUUUGUUUCCCAGUGAUUCAGUCAGUAAUGGCUGUGUGUGGAGUUAUUUAGAGGUGACAACAAAUGUACACUGUUGCACAAGCUGAUUACUUUACAUUGUAUCAAAGUGUCAGAUCUACAUUGUUUUCCCGUGAAAAGAUGUAAAAAAAUAUCUACAAAAAUGUGAGGGUGGGCUCACUUCUGUGAGAUACUGUGUGUGUGUGUGCGAGUGUGUAGGUGUGGAGGACAGUGAUGAUGAUGGGUGGUGUCAGCAGGUCAGCUCCAGGCAGCAGAGGCUUUGUCAGAAACCGAUGGACGAGUCAGAGUUGAUGGUUUGAAACUCCUCCUUCUUUGAGAGCCCCUCCCACUGCCCCGAGGAGGUUUCUUCCUGUUUAAAGGGAGUUUUUCCUCCCCACUGUCCCGCCGUAUGAAGCACUCGGAGGCGACUGUUGUGAUUUGUGCUGCAAAGUAAUCGUCCAAGGUGUCCCGAUGAUGUGUUUCAGUGUGGCUGCUGAGGAAGAGGAGUUGCUUCAUCAAUUUGAACUGUAGCUCAGGAUCAGCAGACUCGGUCCUCACCAUGGAUACAGGCAGCAGCCAUGACAGCUGACGCUGCAGUGUGACAGAUCCGGGAGAGCAGGUCAGGCUGGACCCACUGUGGCCCCUGUGUUCACACACACACACACACACACACACACACACACACACACACACACGCAGCCUGUAACACAGUAACCCUGAACGUGCCUUACUGGCCUCACCUGACGGUGUGGGCGUGGCCUAACGGUCGCACCUGGGACUGUUUGUAUUAGCCGUCCAGAUGCAAAUGCUGAUGCUGAAGAGUAGAGUCUAAUAAAUUAAUAAAGCCUUACAGACUGAUGUUUGUGUGGUCCCUCUGUGUUUGCUGUCUCUCUGUGGGGGUCUGACGUCACACACAGUGCAUGCUGGGAUACUGGGUCAGGCUGACAGAUGGAGAGAAAACAGCAAAAUCAGAGAAAGGAGAAUAUCUAAUCCUUAAUCCAGCGAGCCCCGCCCCCUGCACACACACACACACACAAUCCUGGAAACAAACACAGGAUUAAGAUUAACUGAUGAUCUUUAAAUCGGUCAAAAUUUGAAUGGACUUUGGUUCACAGCUUGCUCUGCUCCUCUAAAGCUGACCUUUGACCUGCAGCUCAGCAGUCAGCUCCUCCUCCCUGUGAGGCUGCUGGCCCUUUAAGAGAGGAAGGGCACAGGAUGAGCCCCCCCCCCACACACACGCACACACACAUACACACACACACACCCUCCUCCUCCUCAGCCGCACAUUGUUCUGUGGCUCCGGGAGAAGCCACUUCCUCCUCCUGCUGCUGCUGCUGCUGCUCAGCCCGCUGCGAACGGACUGACAGACAGUUUCAGUGCCUCAGACGGAGGGACGGCGUCUGUCUGUGUGUCCGACGGGAUCAGCUGAGGGGGGCGGACACGUGAGCACAGACCAAGACUCGCAGACAGACGAACAGACUGGACGAAUGGACUGACAGGAUGCGGCACCGCUGGACCCUCGGGCUCGCCCCCAGUGAUGCUUUGACCUCUGACCUCUCGGCGCUUCAUUCAUCGUCAUGUUUCUGCCCAUGGUGACCUACGGGAUUCAAACCAGCAGCCCUGGUUCACAGGACACUUCCUCUCAGUCUGGCUGGCCUCAAACAGCUGAUCAGCUCCUCCAUCUUCUCCUCUGCAGGAGUCUGUAACACAGUAACAGUGUGAGCGCCUCACAGCAGGAGCUGACCUCUGACCUCUGAUCGCCUCAUCAUGCUCUGAGACUCUGAGAGAAAUAACUGCUGUUGCGUUAAAGCAGCCGGUCAACAGGAAAACAACCCCAGGAAGUCUGCUUCCUCACACACACACGCACCCCUGCUUUGUCCUGACUGUGUGUGUGUGUGUGUGCGUGUGUGUGUGUGUGUCCUAUUUCCUUUGUUUGACAGCCUGGUUGGAAAAACAACAACAACAGUACAUGAGGAUAUCUGUGACGGUUCUCAGUCACCCAGGAUGACUCUUAAGUUAAAUCAUGGUUUUAGCUGCACACUUGCAUGAAGAGGCGGGGCCGGCAGCAUCUGACCAAUCUAAAAGGAGCGUUUCAUAGAUCACAUGACCCUUCUUUCACUACUCCACAGAUGUUAUCAGAUGCCGAUUAAAGACAUGUAAUCUAACAGAGAAUGAUCUGAGAGAGAGCACAAAGGGUUGAUUCUGUUCAUCUGGAUGUUUUCAGUGGGAGAAACGUUUCAUCAUCAUCAUCAGGUGACUUCUUCAGUCUCAGCUGACUGCAGGUUUUCUUUAAACAGGACGUUUGCACAAUGACUGAAACCAGCACCACUGAAGGAACAAUGGGCUGUGAGGUCAGUUUAUGAUCAUUAAUAUGCAAACUGACCACUGAUCAACAGCUAUGAGUACCAUUCACAGAGAGCUGAUCAAAAGCUGACCUCACAGCGUUCGAGGAUGUGCUUACGUGGAUGACUGAGCAUGAUCAAGACAUUUUAACAGGGUGCACCUUUAAGACAAACUGUCUGUAUGAUCAGCUCGGUCACCUACAACAUCUCCAAGUUUCUGGCUUUGAUCGUCAACCUGCUGCUGGGCAGCUCUGAACACCACAUCCAGAACACCCUGGAUUUUGUUGAGAAGGUGAGAGAUGUCAUUAUGGAGGCAGAUGAAACCAUGGUCUCGUACGACGUUACAUCUCUCUUCACUUGCAUCCCAGUCACUGAAGCGUUGGAGGUAGUUCGUAAGAGAUUACAGGAUGACACCACUCUCAGCAUGGACCAAGUGUGCUUGAGCUGUGUCUUCAUUGCGUGUAGCCCAGCACUGAGGUGAGGUGUGACUGUUGGUUACCAUGGUGCCCAGGCCAUCGUCAGGGGAACUAUGGGGGCUCCACCUGAUGCCCCCCCGGAUCCUGGUGGACUGCUGCCUGCCUAACGGUAUGAUGGUUAGCCUGGAGUGUCUGAGGGAAACUCCUCUCAUCAGUAUCAAGCAGCAGCUCUUCUCCGAGGCCAGGAAGUACCCCCUAUACCACCUGCUGCAGGAGGAGUCGUGCUACAUCUUUGUGGGCGUGACCCAGGAGGCUGAGAGGGAGGAGUUUUACGAUGAGACGAGGCGGCUGUGCGACCUGCGCCUGUUCCACCCCAUCCUUAAGGUCAUCGAGCCACUCGGCAACCGUGAGGAGAAAAUCCUGAACCGUGAGAUCGGUUUCGCCAUCGGGAUGCCGGUCUGCGAGUUUGAGAUGAUGAAGGACCCGGAGGUCCAGGACUUCCGCCGUUCCAUACUGAGCGUGUGCAGAGAGGCCAUGGAGGAACGGGAAGGAGGGGGGGCCCACAGCCAGGCGCUCUACGUUUACCCCCCCAACGUGGAGUCCAGUCCCCAGCUGCCCCAGCACAUCUAUAGCAAGCUGGACAAAGGGCGCCUGAUUGUGACCAUCUGGGUGAUCGUGUCUCCAUCAAACUCCAAACAGAAGUACACCUUGAAGGUUAGUCAUGACAGUUUACCUGAGCAGCUGAUCGCCGAGUCCAUCAGGAAGAAAAGCCGAUCGAUGCACCUUUCACCUCAGCAGCUCCGCCUCUGCGUUCAGGAGUACCAGGGCCAGUACAUCCUCAAGGUGUGUGGCUGCGAUGAGUACCUGCUGGAGAAGUUUCCUCUCAGUCAGUAUAAGUACAUCCGCUCCUGCAUCAUCGUGGGACGUCUUCCUCACCUGAUGCUCGUGUCCAAAGACAGCCUCUACUCUCAGCUUCCCGCCUCAGGCUUCGUCACGCCUUCCUACAGCCGUCGGACUCCUCAGCCGUCUCCCUGUCCAGGAGGAGGCGACGGUUCUCCUCCUCGCUCCUUGUGGGCCUUCAACACUCUGCUGAGAGCUCGGCUACUCUGCGCCACGUACGUGAACGUGAACAUCAGAGACAUCGAUAAGAUCUAUGUGAGGACAGGGAUCUAUCAUGGAGGAGAGCCGCUCUGUGACAACGUCAACACCCAGAGAGUGCCCUGCUCCAACCCCAGGUGGAAUGAGUGGCUGACCUAUGACAUCUACCUGGCUGACCUCCCUCGUUCAGCCAGACUCUGCCUGUCUAUCUGCUCUGUGAAGGGAAGGAAAGGAGCUAAGGAGGAGCACUGCCCUCUGGCCUGGGGGAAUGUAAACCUGUUCGACUACAAGGACAUCCUGGUCUGUGGUAAGGUGGCUCUCAGCCUGUGGCCCGUUCCUCAUGGCCUAGAGGACCUGCUCAACCCCAUUGGAGUCGCGGGUUCAAAUCCCAACAAGGAGACCCCGUGUGUGGAGCUGGAGUUCUCCUGGUUCAAUCAGAUCGUUGUUUUUCCUGACGAGCAGCAGAUUGAAGAGCACGCCAACUGGACCAUCAGCAGAGAGCUGGGCUACAACUACUGCCACGGCCUGAGCAGCCGUUUGGCCUGUGACAGCAGUGUUUCAUCAGGCGAUGCCGAGCAGCUUCGCUCUCUCUGCUCCAAAGAUCCGCUGUACGAGCUCUCGGAGCAGGAGAAGGACUUCCUCUGGAGACACAGACAUUACUGUGUAAACAUCCCAGAGUCUCUCCCUAAGCUGCUUCUUUCUGUCAAAUGGAACUCCAGAGACGAAGUUUCUCAGAUGUACUGUCUGUUGAAGGAGUGGCCUCUGAUGGAGCCCGAGUCGGCUCUCGAGUUGUUGGACUGUAACUUUCCUGACCCGAUGGUCCGAGAGUUUGCGCUGCGCUGCCUCGUGCAGGGCCUGACGGAUGACAAGCUGUCGCAGUACCUGUUGCAACUUGUACAGGUGUUGAAGUAUGAGAUGUACCUGGACAAUCCUUUGGCCCGUUUCCUGAUAAAGAAAGCUCUGACCAAUCAGAGGAUAGGGCACUUCUUCUUCUGGCACCUGAAGUCAGAGAUGCACAACAAGACGGUUUCCCGACGCUUCGGUCUGCUGCUGGAAGCUUUCUGCAGAGCCUGCGGGAUGUACCUGAAACACCUGAACAGACAGGUAGAGGCCAUGGAUAAACUGGUGAAUCUGACUGACACACUGAAGCAGGAGAAGAAGGACGAGACUCAGAAAACUCAGAUGAAGUUUCUGGUUGAGCACAUGUCUCGUCCAGAUUACAUGGAAGCUCUGCAGGGAUUCGUCUCUCCACUGAAUCCAGUUCACCAGCUGGGAAAUCUCAGGCUGGAGGAGUGCAGGAUCAUGUCCUCGGCAAAGCGCCCCCUGUGGCUGAACUGGGAAAACCCUGACAUCAUGUCCGAGCUUCUCUUCACCAACAACGAGAUCAUCUUCAAGAACGGAGAUGACCUGCGUCAGGAUAUGCUAACGCUGCAGAUUAUUAAAAUCAUGGAGAACAUCUGGCAGAACCAGGGUCUGGACCUGCGCAUGUUGCCCUAUGGAUGCCUCUCCAUCGGUGACUGCGUGGGUCUGAUCGAGGUCGUGAAGAACAGCUUCACCAUCAUGCAGAUUCAGUGCAAGGGGGGCCUGAAGGGGGCGCUGCAGUUCAACUCCAACACGCUGCAUCACUGGAUCAAAGACAAGAACCGCGGCGAAGCGUACGAUCGGGCCAUCGACCUGUUCACGCGCUCGUGUGCGGGUUACUGCGUUGCCACGUUCAUCCUGGGAAUCGGAGACCGCCACAACUCCAACAUUAUGGUGAAAGAGAACGGACAGCUGUUCCACAUUGACUUUGGUCACUUCCUGGAUCACAAGAAGAAGAAGUUUGGCUACAAGAGGGAGCGCGUACCCUUUGUCCUUACUCAGGACUUCCUCAUCGUCAUUAGUAAAGGCAUCCAGGAGUCCACCAAGACCAAGGAGUUCGAGAGGUUCCAGGAGAUGUGCUACAAAGCAUACCUCGCCAUCCGUCAGCACGCCAGCCUCUUCAUCAAUCUCUUCUCCCUUAUGCUGGGUUGCGGGAUGCCUGAACUGCAGAGCUUUGAUGACAUUGCCUACCUGAGAAAAACCCUGGCCCUGGAGAAGAGCCAGCAGGAGGCACUGGAGUACUUCACCAAGCAGAUGAACGACGCUCACCACGGUGGCUGGAGCACGAAGAUGGACUGGAUCUUCCACACCAUAAGACACAUGCCCAAUGAGCACUGACACACCCACUCACUCGCCCACACACCCACACUGGUGUGUUUGUUUACUGCACUACUGUGAUGAUUAUGAUACUAAUGAUGAUGAUGAUGAUGAUGAUGACAGACUCGUCAUCUGAUGUCAUAGAUUUUCUUUAAAAGUUUUUUGUCCUUGUGUCUUUUGGACGGUUGUCAUAGAAACAUGAAUCUCAGGGUCAAAGGUCAGAGGGGUUUUGAAGAUGCCAAAGGCAGGCUGGGAAAAAAUGACGAUGGUGAUGAUGAAGGUGACAGUGAUGUCACAUUAGUCUUCCAAUCGGUGCUACUGUUAGCCUGUUAGCUGCUGUGCUUUUCAAAAAGAGUCAAACUUUAUUGAGCGAAAUUUUAUUGACAAGCAGCUGUAACUUUAUAAAAUGUUAUUUUUGAGUGACUUAACUUUAUUGAAACCAGCAAAGUGAACACUGUGGUCACUGUGAGAGCAAUAAAACUUCCAAUAACCAAUCAAUAUUUAGAUUAUGACAAUCAGGAGUUCUGACCAGUAGGAAGGCAGAGCUGACCAGCUGUGGGCGGAGUCAUUGUGAUGAUGCAGUCUAGAGACUGAAGUUACCUUCAGAGUUCAUUGAAGUAUCUUUUGGAGUAUUUUGUUGAUUUGAACCCACUUAAACAGAUUUUUACAAUCAGCAUAUCAUCCUCGUUAAUCAGGGAUCAAAGUACUCGACAAUCUGAACCAAUCAGCUGCUGCCGUUAGCCCUUAGCUAGUCUACUUAGCAUUGUUAGCUGUUGGCUCAUGAGUCAUGCUGAGAUAGUUAGCAUUAGCCUGUUAGCUAUUAGAUAGCUGAGUUGUUGCACUGGAUAAAAGAACUGUGGGUAGGUUUAGUUACUAUAGUGAAAACCCCAUCCCUCUAAUCUCAUUGGCUGCCAGUUCCUAGGGCGGGGCUACAUUCAAAUAGUUUUAUGUGAAGGUUUUUUCCUGUUCAGGUGAGAGAUCAAAGCCCCGCCCCCUGCUGCAUGCUAAUCAUUCAUUGCUGACAUCAUCGACUGUGAUGGUUACUAUAGUGACUGAUAACACACGGGGAGAUGUGAUGUGUUUGUUUCCAUGUGAUCAGUAUUGAUUGUUUUCUGAUGUAUUAAUGAUUUUUAAAUGAUUGGUUUCUUCAUGUAUUGAUUUGUGAUGUUAUUGAUUCUUCUUGACCCUCUGACAUAGGAGAGCAGGUCACCUGAAGGGCGGAGCCUGAUGUUAUAACACCAUGCCCAGGCGUUAAAGCACUUAUUGAUCAGUGUUAUUAUGGAUUAUUGUUGUUUCAAAAUAAAAGUUUAACUGGUGUACUGUG